UCCAUGACGACAUCAAACAAACCCUCAAUAACUUUGCCAAUUUUUUUUUCCCUAAAUUCAUAUUCUCUUUCCAGUUUGCAAUUUCCUUCCUUGCUCCGAUCACUCCGCCCUCUCUAUCUCCGCCACAAGUCUCCCUUCAAUUCCCCCUAAACCCCAAACGAAGAUCAACCCAAUCCCUUAAAAUGGUUAAAAACAAGAAAAGAUCACAUUCCCAGCGCUCUCCUUCACCGCCACCCCAAAACCCAUCGCCCCUAAAACGCCCUAUUUUCCCUUCCUACCAAACAACCCCAAACCUCCACCCCAAAGUCAAACUUCUCUGCGAAAUCAUUUCUACCACCCCUUCAUCAGCUGUCGAAAACCUUUUAGAAGACACCGGCCUCCGCGUAACCCAACUCGACGUCGAAAACGUUCUCAAACUCUCCUACUCUUUCCCUUCCCUAGCCGUCAAGUUCUUCCGUUGGUCUGGCUACCAACUCCAACACCAACAUUCCCCUUAUUCAUGGAACAUCGUCGUCGACUUGUUGGGUAAGAACGGUCUAUUCGAUGCAAUGUGGGACGCCGUUAAGUCCAUGAAGAAAGAAGGGUUAGUUUCUUUGGCUACUUUUGCUUCUAUUUUUAGUAGUUAUGUUAGUUUUGACAAAGUUAAGGAAGCUGUUUUAACUUUCGAAGUUAUGGAACAGUACGGCUGUGUUAGAGAUGUUGUGGCUUUGAAUUCUUUGAUUAGCGCUAUUUGUAGGGAAGGUAAAACGAUUGAUGGUUUGGAAUUUUUGAGAGUGGCUAAAACUAGGAUUAGGCCGGAUUUGGAUAGUUACGCGAUUUUGCUAGAAGGGUGGGAGAAAGAAGGGGAUAUCAGUUUAGCAAAAGAGACUUUUGAAGAGAUGGUUAUGGAAAUAGGGUGGGAUCCUAGGAAUGUACCCGCUUAUGAUUCGUUUCUGAGUACUUUGAUUAAGGGGAAGGAUGGAAUUAAUGAGGUUUUGAAGUAUGUUGAUAUACUGCAUGAGAGGAAGUGUUAUCCGGGAAUGAAGUUUUUUAAGGAAGUACUUGACGGUUUUCAGAAAGUUGGUAAUGUUAGGGCAGCCGAGUUGAUUUGGAAGGCGAUGGUGGAUAAGGUUGGGAUUAUGCCAGAUACCGAGAUGUAUAAUUCAAUGAUUGCUUUGUAUUGUUCCAAGAAUUAUACGGAUUUGGCAAAAAAGAUGUUGGAUGAGAUGGUUUAUACUGGGGCAUUUCCUGAUUUGCAAUCGUAUAAUGUGUUGUUUUAUUUCUUGAUUAAGAAUAGGAAGUUGAAGGAGGCUUCACUGCUGUUCAAUGAAAUGGUUAAAAACGAGUUUUUUCCAAGGAAAACAAAUUGUAUUGCGGUGGUUAAGAUUUUUAUUGACAUUGGGGACCCUUAUAUGGCUAUAAAAGUUUGGAAAUUCAUGAUAGAGAAUUAUGAUUCUGAAUUGGAGGAGACUGGAAAUCUGUUGAUUGUUGGGCUUCGUGAUGCAAACAAGCUUCCUGAGGCAGUAAAGUAUGCUGAGGGUAUGAUUGAGAAAGGAAUCAAGGUCACAUCUGCCACAUUGUCAAAAUUGAAACAGAGCCUUAGCAGAGCAAAAAAGGAAGGGGUAUAUGAAGAACUUUUAAGAAAGUGGAAAUCCUGUUAGGCAGAUUGAAAGUACUUGAACUCUGUUAGCUUCAUUAUAGAUAAGCAAUCCAAGAUGGGGGUUAAAGACUCCAAAAUCUUUCCAAAGAUUAAAGUUCUAACCUCUAUUUUAGAAACGGUGUCUGGCCAUAUUAUGUAUUGUUGCCGGUUGCCUGCAUCGUCUAAAUAGCUUGUUCAUUACAGAAAAAAUUUUAAUACAUAUUUUCUGUCGUUUUUGUGCAAUAAACAAGAUAAAAUUUGCUGUUUGGAUGAGCAAUGAAUAAGUCAACCCAUUUAGUACGUCUAGCUAGUUUUAAUUCUGAAUCAUUUUUAGGGGGCAGGACUGAGCUUUCUGGUUUAGUAAAGAAUCUUGAGAAUUUCCUCUAUUCUUUGCUGUUUGCACGAGCAUAAGCAUUCGAGAUGUGUUUUUUUCUUUCUUGAAGGCCUUAAACCACGCAGUUUUUUUUAAUUACUAGACAAUCUUGCCUGUAGGUUUUUUUCUAUUGUUCUAUGCUUGAUGCUUAAUGUUCAUGCAUAUGCUAUUGUGCCCAUAGCCAGGCAUUUGAAAAUCAUAGCUAUUUUGGUUGUGAUUAGAACAAUUAAGACUUCACUUCGACGAUCAUUAAGCAACAAGUCUGGUGGUGUAUUUUACUUAGAAAAUCUUAUUAUAGAUAGGAGUGAUUAGACUCAGUUAACAGAUUGAUUAUCAUAUCAGAUCCAAUAAGAAAUUCUUAAUGACACUGCAGGAAAGUUUGCAGAGAAGUACUUUGGUUUUGUUUGCUGCAUGACUAUUUGGGUUGUAGUUGUGGAUACCUGUUUAUCCACAGAGAUGUUAUUGUUUACUUUGAUGCUUAUUUCUAUCAUAGCAAAAAUGAAAAGAGGAGUUAGAGAAGAUCGAAGAAACCCCUUCCAGUAUCGUUGGUGGGGUUUAUUUGAUCAAUAUCCUACAUAUUGUAAAUAAUAGUGACAGAUGUUAACGUGACAUAUGACAAGCCAUGCCACUGGCAUGUACGAACAAUCCGGGCUUUGCUUAAAAUUUCCAGUAAAUGACUGUGUCACAACCUGCCCAUGAAGAGCCAAUUCCUGGAUUCAUGAGCUGCACAAGCUAAAGCUAAAGCUUAAGUGUAUGUGACACAUGCUUAAGCUAUAUAAUACGUUAGUCGUUGCACUCUAAAUGAGACAUCCAAUGGCUAGAAUUUGCAUAUGUUUUAUAUAAUACUUCAGCCAUACGUUCCAAUGGUUAGAACUUCCCAAUUCUUUUAUUCAUUGACAGGAAUUGAAAAGGACAAGUAUAAAUGAAAAAACAAGACAAGAUAACUUAAUAUUU